AGGUUACCUUGGGCAGGAAACAUAUGUGCUUCAACGAUUGUAGCAAUUGUAGCAAUUGUUGUCCCAAAUGUUAUUUUGGUGGCGCUUUUGGUUCUAGGCUGUUGCAGUUGCUGGAGAAGAAGGCGAAACAAAAACCAUGAUGCAGAUCUAGAAAUGGGAGAUAGCAGUAAUUGUUAUUGCUCUUACUAUUUCGCAGCUAGGAAUUAUUUUACUUGUCAAGAAGAGUCCUUGCAUUUUGACUUGGCUACAAUUGAAGCUGCAACAAAUAAGUUCUCGAAUGAGAAGAAGAUAGGCCAAGGUGGAUUUGGUGUGGUUUAUAAGGGUACCCUUCCUAAUGGACAAGAGAUAGCUGCAAAGAGGCUAUCCAGAAGCUCCUUGCAGGGUGACAUCGAAUUCAAGAACGAGGCUGCACUUGUUGCACUUCAACAUAGAAAUUUAGUUAGGCUUUUAGGGUUUUGCUUGGAGGGAGCAGAGAGGAUACUUGUUUACGAAUUCAUCCCCAAUUCAAGCCUUGACCGCUUUCUAUGUGAUCAUGAGAACCAAGCAGAGUUUGAUUGGGCAACACGUUACCAAAUUAUAGUUGGGAUUGCUGGAGGAGUUAAAUACAUGCAUGAAGAUUCUAAUCUUAGAAUAAUACAUCGUGAUCUCAAGGCUAGUAAUGUCCUAUUAGAUGACGAAAUGAAUCCAAAGAUUUCAGAUUUUGGCAUGGCAAAGAUUUUCCAUGGAGACCAAAGUCAAGUUGACUCUACAACAGAAAGGAUAGUUGGAACUUAUGGUUACAUGGCUCCUGAAUAUGCAAUGUAUGGAGAAUUAUCUGUGAAAUCCGAUGUGUUCAGCUUCGGAGUCUUGCUUUUGGAGAUCAUUAGUGGCACGAAGAACACGAGUUAUUGUCAAUCACAAGAUGAUGAUGACCUUUUGAGCUAUGCUUGGAAAAAUUGGAAGAAUCAAACACCUUUCCUUAUUUUGGACCCAAAACUGGGAGAUUUGUAUUCUAGAAAUGAAGUUCAGAGAUGCAUCCAUAUUGCUUUAUUAUGCGUUCAAGAAAAUCCAGCUGACAGACCUUCAAUGGCGAGUGUAGUACUUUGGUUGAACAGUUAUUCAGUAACCUUAGCAUUACCUCGACAGCCAGCAUCUGUUUUUCUUGGAAGCCCUUCACCAGACAGAUUAAGACACCAGCUUUAUUCUGAUCUGUCUACCAGCUCUAUCUCUAUGAAUAAUUAUUUAAUUACUGAAAUAUAUCCCCGAUAA